AUGUCCGUACAAGAAAAAUCUAUAAAAGAAGCAUCUACACAGCUACCGAUACAUUCCAACGACACCAAAAUUUCCACACCCACAACAAAGACGUAUUUGCUGUCAUGCACAAAGCUGGUAACAUCAACAACAUCCUCAGAAACCUCGUCCCCGCCUGCAUUGUCAUCACCUAACCUGCAUAACCAACUACCGACCCCAGAAGAAGGCCAACAAUGCUCGAAUUGUGGAACUACCAAAACCCCACUUUGGCGCCGAGCUCCCGAUGGAACGUUAAUCUGCAACGCUUGCGGACUCUAUCUUCGAUCCAAUCAUACACAUCGCCCUGUAAACCUCAAACGACCACCAAAUACAAUCACCAUAUCAAGAGAAGAGUUGGGGUCGUGUAAAGGUGAUGGACGUUGUAAUGGUACUGGUGGAGCGGCUGCUUGUCGUGGCUGCCCAGCGUUUAAUAAUAGAAUAGUUGCGAAAAAGCUGUUGUUGACGGAAAAGUCGGCAUCGAAAAAUGAGAACGAGGCAUCAACUAAAAUAAAACGCGAUAUCCCCGCAAGUGGGGAGAGUGGUGAUGGGGUCGAUCAAACUAAGUUCAAGAUUAAAGCAGAGGCUGAAGAUAAAGAAAGUAGUAAUGGCGGUAGCCAACAACAGUCAGGAGGUGUCGCAUCCUCCACAACUGGCGCAGAUGAGAAUUCAUUGGCCAUUGCGUGUUUUAACUGUGAUACUACAAUAACACCAUUAUGGAGACGAGACGAUGUUGGAAAUACAAUUUGCAACGCAUGUGGGUUAUUUUAUAGAUUACACGGAUCACAUCGACCAAUAAAGAUGAAACGGUCAACCAUUAAACGAAGGAAGAGAAACGUGUCUGAUCAUAAAUCGAAAGAUGAUACAAAAGAGGGUAAACUGUCUGCAACCUCACCAGGGUCAAAUACUACGUCACCAAGACCAGGUUCUUCUACACCGAAGCCAAUUUCAAACCAAUCAACACAAUCUCAAAAACAGCAACAUCAACAACAGAUUCAUCAACCGCACAACACAUUGUCACAACCACUGACCACUCUGCAGCAGUCGCACCUUGUAUCAGCACCCACUGUUUUGCCACCACUUGUUAAUAGAUCAAGUCCUCCAUCGUACAAUAGGAUCCCGCCAUUUUCAUAUUCAAUUCCAUUUCAGAGAGCUCCUCAAUUCGGACAGGCCAGACAAAGUUCAAGUCCGACUCCACCAUCACUCCACCAACAGCAACAGCAGCAGCAACAGACUCCACCAGUCGCGACAACGACAAGUCUGCACGUACAUGUGAUGUCGCGUUCAUUGUAUCCUAGAUACAGCGGGAAUGGCCGAUUGCCCAAUGGGCCCGGCCCACUUCCUGGUCCACCGCCGCCAAUGCCGUUUCUUCAUGUUCAUCCACCCCAUCAAAUGCAACCAAUUCCAAGUCAAGUACACCAGCAGCACCAGCAGCAGCAGCAGCAGCAGCAAGGACAACUACAACUGCAUUCACCGGAGUCUAAAUACGAGCAUCACCAAUCUCAGCUAAAAUUUGAACAAGUAGCACCGCCCACACUACCACCAAUAAACAGCGCACCAUCUACUACUAGUACUUCCACUGGUGGGUGUUGCACAAACUGUGGAUCGUCAAAGAAAACCCCAACGCCCAUGGCCAUUGAUUUCACUGCAACUUAUAGAAAAGAAACUAGUGCUCCGCCUUCAGUUGCUACAGUCGCAACCAGUCCACACAACGACAGUGAAGGAGGAGAGGCGCGAGACUCGGGUGCUAGGGGUACUGCUACUUUUCCAUCAUCACCACUGAAGAACGGGGGAACUACAGAAAGGACUGGCCAACAAAAGAGAGCAUUGACAAUUGGUGGUCUUUUGAAUGGAUGA